UGGCCGGCCCCAGCGGUAGCAGGGUGUUUUGCGGUCCCUGACUGUUCUAGGGAGUAGUCUCGGGGCGACCCGGCCCGGAGGGGAUAGAGCGUCCCGGCGGGGGCCGGGGCUGAGGCUGCACAUUGACGGGCGUGGCGCGGAGCGAGACCUGGUGACGAUGGCGGGGCCGCAGUCCCUGGCGCUGCAGCUGGAACAAUUGUUGAACCCGCGCCCGCGCGAGGCGGAUCCUGAGGCCGACCCAGAGGAGGCCACUGCUGCCAGAGUGAUUGACAGGUUUGAUGAAGGGGAAGAUGAGGAAGGUGAUUUCCUGGCGGUGGGUAGCAUUAGAAAACUGGCAUCAGCCUCCCUCGUGGACACAGACAAAAGGUAUUCUGGCAAGGCUACCUCUAGAAAAGCUUGGAAGGAAGACCCCUGGCAGACUCUGCCAGAUUCAUCUGACAAGGAAAUAAUAUCUGAUGAGGAUGAGUCUGGAGAUGGAGAUGCAGAGGGGCUGGGUCUGGAGGGAUCUGAUGAGGAUGCUAUGAGUGCUGCCGAGGAAGAGGAGUGUGCCGAUGACAGGGACAGUAGUCCGGCCAGGGAGAAGAGGAGCAGAAGCCAGUCUGGGAGAGCACCAGGUUUUAGUGUCCCGAGCAUCAGUGACUUUGAAAAAUUCACCGAGGGAAUGGAUGACCUUGGAACCAGUGAGGAGGAAGAAGAUGAAGAGGAGGAGAGUGGCAUGGAAGAAGGGGACGGGGAGGAAGACUCCACAAGUGAGGGAGAGGAAGACAGGCCUGAAGACAGGAACAGUGAAGAUGACGGAGUGGUGAUGACCUUCUCCAGUGUCCAAGUUUCCGAGGAAGUGGAGAAGGGAAGAGCUGUGAAGAACCAGAUAGCUCUGUGGGACCAGCUCUUGGAAGGAAGGAUCAAGCUACAAAAAGCUCUGUUGACUACCAAUCAGCUUCCUCAACCAGAUGUUUUCCCUAUUUUCAAAGACAAAGGUGGCCCAGAAUUUGCCAGCGCCCUAAAAAAUAGUCACAAGGCCCUUAAAGCAUUGUUGAGGUCAUUGGUAGAUCUUCAGGAAGAGUUACUUUUUCAGUACCCAGACACUAGAUAUCUAGUAGAUGGGACAGAGGCGAAAGCAGAAAGUGAGGAAGAGAUUUCCAGUGAAGAUGAAGAGCUAGUAGAAGAGAAGCAGCAGCAGAGAAAGGCCCCACCAAAGAGGAAGCUAGAAAUGGAGGACUAUCCCAGCUUCAUGGCAAAGCGUUUUGCUGACUUCACAGUCUACAGGAACCGCACGCUUCAGAAGUGGCACGAUAAAACCAAGCUGGCUUCUGGAAAACUGGGGAAGGGUUUUGGUGCCUUUGAACGCUCAAUCUUGACUCAGAUCGAUCAUAUUCUGAUGGACAAAGAAAGAUUACUUCGAAGGACACAGACCAAGCGCUCCGUCUACCGAGUUCUUGGCAAACCUGAACCAGCAGUGCAGCCUGUCCCAGAGAGUGUGCCAGGACAACCGGAGAUCCUUCCUCAAGCCCCUGCCAAUGCCCACCUGAAGGACUUGGAUGGAGAGAUCUUUGAUGACGAUGACUUUUACCACCAGCUCCUUCGAGAACUCAUAGAACGGAAGACCAGCUCCUUGGAUCCCAAUGACCAGGUGGCCAUGGGAAGGCAGUGGCUUGCAAUCCAGAAGUUACGAAGCAAAAUCCACAAGAAAGUAGAUAGGAAAGCCAGCAAAGGAAGGAAACUUCGGUUUCAUGUCCUCAGCAAGCUGCUGAACUUCAUGGCACCUAUUGACCAAACUACAAUGAAUGAUGAUGCUAGGACGGAAUUGUAUCGAUCUCUGUUUGGGCAACUCGGCCCUCCUGACAAAGGCCAGCAGGACUGACAGCGCCCAUCUCUGUCGCCGUGGGCCUGAGGCAGGACCUCUGAACACCCCACGGCACCGGGGCCAGGCGGCUCCUCGUCCCCGAAUGGAGGAAGCCUUCGGCUCGCGGGGUGGAGCUCGUUGGGAAGUCCUGGGAAGGGGUGUGCGGAGCACGUGCCUGCCGCGAAACCUGGAACCAGGUGCCCCCCGUCUCCCCUGCCCCAGUCUGCCAAGGCCCCGUGCCCUUUAACCAUCACCAAUAAAGAGCAUUGCCCCUGC